AUGGCGGUGAAUGAUCGCACAGCUUCCUCCAGGCAGCUGGCAGCACAUUGGUCUACUGCUACAGGUGUACAAUUGUCGGCUUCGUCAAUUCGUCGUCGUCUGCUGCGCCGUGGAUUGCGUGCAAGGGUGCCAUUAUACAGGAUUCCCCUCACGGCGGAUCAUCGACGGCUGCGUCGGCAGUGGGCUCUUGAGCACAGAGACUGGCGAGCUGAUUGGCACCAAGUUGUCUUUUCAGAUGAAUCACGCUUCAAUUUGUGGACCCAUGAUGGCCGUGUUCGUGUUAGACGUUAUGCCGGUCAACGCUGCCUUCCUGAGUGUAUUAUUGAACGACAUAGUGGUCGAACACCCGGAGUUAUGGUCUGGGGUGCGAUUUCGUAUCAUGGACGAUCCAAUUUGAUACGAAUUGAGGGUAAUCUCAAUAGCAACAGAUACGUCCGUGAAGUGCUACAGCCCGAAGUCGUUCCUUUCCUUCAAGGCAUCCCUGGAGCUAUCUUUCAGCAGGAUAAUGCACGCCCACAUGUUGCGCGGACUUCACCCCCUCGAACCAUUAAGAUUGAAUCCUUGAACAAGAUCCGAUUAUUAAAUCAAAAGUUAUUCAGGUUGGUUCUUUUUUUUUUUCUUUUUGCGCACUGCAUAUUUAUUUUUUCUCUCAUUAAUGACAGCUAUUAUUUAUUCCAGCUGAACAUUCCAGUCGAUUUGCGGCAUGAGCCCAGCAAUGUCGAAGCAAUUCCAACAAUGGGCUGCCAGUAUUCCCAAGUAAAUGUCCGACUGCCAUCGAACACAGAGGGGGCCAUUCCGCGUCUCUGGGAUGUUCGCAGGAGGAUGGAAGAGUUGAAGACUUCUCCAGAUACAGUCAUAAUGUAUGGGGCGAUCUACUGCCUUCUACCCAUUCUUCCAGAAGUUGUCGCUCAAUGGAUACUCAAUACUGUACUGAGGAAGGCAACUGUUGUCUUAGCCAAUAUUCCGGGUCCACAGGAAAUGCUGACUUUGGGGACAAAAAAGCUAAAAAAAAUAGUCUUCUGGAUGUCUCCCAGACCAGAAAUCCCAGUAGUGUUUUCUGUCAUAUCUUAUGCCGGAGCCAUCCAGUUAUCAGUUUCUGCAGACAAAAUGGUUGUUCCCCAACCACAACUGUUAAUAAAAGAAUUUGUAUUGGAAUUAUCUAGAUUAUCUCAUUUGCUGGCAAGACGGCGAAUACCUGGAGAACAUAGAAGAAGAAGUCAUUUUACGGACGAAAGGAGAUUAGCUGAAAUUAUUAAUCCCCCGGAUGUCGAACUGCAACAGAAAUUACAUUCCGUUCAAGAAGAAAUCCAUGAAGUUACUCAGCAACUGAGUGCAGCUAUUGGUGAUCGAGAUUUUGACAUUCCUGCUGACGACAGCAAUUGUCCUGAAGUUAAAAUGUUGCAAAGAUUGGAUGAAUUGAGGGAGGAAUUUUCAGAACUCAUGAGGGAACUGAGAAGAAGAAAAUCUCUGGCCGAUGGUACUUUCGUGGAUGGACAAGACGAAGAUAUGGAUGGUGAAUUGCGUCGACCACGUCGAUUGACUCUCACGUCGUCUACCAGCAGAAGAUCUAGUCUGAAUACAGUACUGUCAUCUGCGUCUACAACUCGCCCUCUUGCAACUCCGACUAUAUCACAUCAUGGGUUUGUGGUGUCCACUCCGAAUCUUAAAGUUCAAGAAUCUCCUACAUCGCAACAAAGGCCUAGCUUUCUUCAAGUGGCACAGGAACGUUUUGGCAGGCGCAAAUCUGAUUUCAAUUAAUGGAACCAAGAGAAAGAAAUUAUUAUUUAUCUAAUUAUUCGUCCAUAAAGGAGACAGUGGUACAUUUUUGUACAGUAUAUCAUUAGAACCUAUUUCAACUAGUCAAACUCCGAACAUGUGACCAUUACUUUCCCAUAACUCUCUAUUUAUAAGUUGAAACUAUACUGAGGCAAGCUGUGCUUGUCUCAUCACGUGCAGUACAAUUCUUUGGAAUAUUAUUUCAAAGGUAUUAUUAAUCAUAUUAAAACUAUAACUCUGCGCAUGCGUGCUUUCAUUGCGCGCAAGCAAAUAACAUAAUGUAAUAUGAUGAAAAACAUAUUUAGAUCUGUGUUAUGAGAUACUAAAUACUGUUUUAAUUUUAUGAAAGGCUAUUAGCUAUCAUAUCUAUUCAAAAGAGAAUAAUAUUGUAUGCGCUUAAGACAUUUUAGCUAUUAUUUUAAAAUGCUUUAAUACUUGGCAAGUAUUCUUAUACGAGGAUUGUAAAUGAAGUAAUAGCAACAUGCCUGGAUAAUAUUAAUGAACAUAUGAGCCAAACUACAUUGCAUUUUUUUUCGUUAUUAUCAUCUAUACCUAUCUACUGUUUUUUUGUACCUUUUGUCAGACAUCAGGAAGCCGUAGGUUACCAUUGGAAAAUUGUGAUUUGCCAACGGAACACCCUACAAAAUCUGAAAGGCGUUUUUUCAGUAUAACAAAAACUCAAUCGUGGACUCAAGUCUGAUGAGUAUGUAGAAAAAUGAAUGGCCAGCCUGUGCGAUGCAAAUCUACAGUCUCAGUCUGACCAAUAGUAAAUGCUUUGACCCAUCAUGCAACUGUCUUAAGCAAUUACACAUACUCGCCAGUCAAAAUUUCAAGACUACAGAGUUGAACAUUAGUAGCCAUAAACUCUAAAAAUUGGGACGUCUGUUCAACGACGGUAAUAUAAUAUAAUAUGCAUCAGAUUGUAAUACAUUUUUGCCAAGGGUAACCUUAAUUUCAUUCGAAGACAAUUGAUCAUGUUCUAAACAUGAUUUAGGACAAUAGAAACGAAGAUGUCCAUUUUAUCUUCACCCAGCAAUUGGUUACUUAAAAGUGACAUCAUCGUAGGUAAAUCGUGGCAUUUGUCGAAUUCAGAAGCACAUCAAGUUUGACACUCACGUGUAACAUCACUUUCAUGUAUCCAAAUAAACAUGAUUUAAAUCACAUAGCUGAUUUACUCCCUUUACUUCUUUUCGAAUUGCAAGAACCCAAUUACCAUUUCUGUUGAUGUACUCGCCGACAAUGCACUACCUCACUGAUCCGAUAACGUUGGCGCAUACCCGAUGUUCUGGAAUUUCUGGGCUACGUUGCCAAUACUUUAUUUAAUACCCUCGUGUAUCUAGGUAUAAUCGCACGAUUCAUAGUCAUGCAUAAAAACCCAUGACAUGGGUCUUUUUUAACUACAUCUAGUCAAUUUUUGAAUCUAAGCAAUAUGAUUUUUUAAAAAAAAGGAAAAUAAAUAUAUUUUUUUUUA